AUGGUCGAUCAAAUUAAUCAAGCUAUUGAUGUGGUUAUUCCACGCAAAAAUAAUAAACUUAACAACAAAACUAAAAAUGAAAACGAUGAGAGAAUCAACGUUCUUUUUGAAGGAAACGAUCGUCGACGUCCUUUAUAUGAGAUUACAGAUAUGCAAUAUUUUGACAGCAUUCAAAAACAAUUACAAACUAAAAAUCGUAUUCUAUUACCAACCUACAAUACGAAUGCAUAUUAUUCAUGUGAAAUCAUUGAAAUGCAACAGAAAAUACGUGAACAUAUGACACGUACAAAUGCAUAUCGGUUUAUCAUGGAUAUCAAUGAAACAAAUCAACUUUUGUUGGAUGAACUUUUACUAGAAAAUGACAAGCUAAUAGCCACAACAUUGAAUAAUUUAUUUCAUACUCAAUGUAUUACGUAUUCACAGUGGCAACAAAUGAUUUUCCAUAGAUCAAAGAGUGAAUUCGAUCUACUCUAUUUUUUACCUGAUACACGUCAAGAAAAUAUUCCAUUUCAUCCAAUGAUACUUGAUCGUCAUCCUUUAAUUCCAUUUCAUCCAAUGAUACUUGAUCGUCAUCCUUUAACGAUGAAUAUUACUCGAUUUAUUACUCAGCUUAUUCAACCUUUAUACGAUCAUGUGACUUCAACUACUACAUUUCAUAAUAGUGCUGAUGUUCUCGAUGCAGUCGAAGAUUAUGUACGGAGAGAUCUUCUGAAAUCUAAUACUCUCUUUGCAAAUAUUCAUAUUCAUGAUCUAACGACAAGUAUUCCACUAGAAAUACUAUAUGAUACUUUACAACGUUUCUUGAUUGAAUUCAAUUCCAAUGGGCAAAUGCAAAAUAUUAAGAUACCAACAAUAUUAUAUAUGGUUCGACUUUGUCUUGAACCACGCUACGUUAUCUAUGACAAUAAAUUCUAUCAGCAGGUACAAGGAGGUGGCUUUAAUUCACCAUUGAUUAUGUUACUAUCAAAUAUCUCUCUAUUUUAUUGGCAACAAAAUCUUGUCAAUAUCUUGAAUGAUAAAAAUGAAAUCUUCGGCAGAUACAACGACGAAUUAUUCUUUACAUGGAAUAAAUCUGAACAAAGACUACAGGAUAUAUUACAUGCCAUGAAUCAACAAUGGCUUACUCUUCAAAUGAGUUUGCGUUUGAGUAGUUCGAUUCAUUAUCUCGACAUUAUUUUAAGUCAUACGAACGGUCAAUUUAAAGCACAAGUUGCUCUUCAUUCACAAACGGACCACUAUUCUUUACCUUAUAUAUUUGGUCAUUCACUACAAUCCUAUGUUAAAUUAUUUCAAGCAGCUCUACUUCGUAUUGCUCGAUGUUAUACCGAUGUAAAUCAAUUUGUCGAGGCACUUGGCGUUAUUCAACUAUCAUUUCGGUACAAUGGAUUCGACGAUCAGUUUAUUGUUGGUCAAAUUCAAACAUUUCUUACGAAGUUUAAAGUGCCAGACUUGAAAGUUUGCUAUGGUAAACAUUUCUACAAACAACCACGUUAUGAUCGUCUUCGUUACAAUGUCACUAAGCAUUAUCGAAAAAAAAGACAAGAAAAAAUAAAACUUAGACGUUGUAGAAAAACUUUAAAACAUCAAUGUCAAUCAAGUUUCAUGAAAUUCGUAACGACAGCAUCAUGUUAA